AUGGCAGGAAGAGGUGUACCCAUGAUGCAACCACAAAUUAUUUUACUUAAAGAAGGCACAGAUGCUUCACAAGGACGUGGUCAACUUUUAUCAAAUAUUAAUGCAUGUUUAGCAGUAGUUGACACUAUAAGAACUACCCUUGGUCCAAGAGGAAUGGAUAAAUUAAUUGUUGACGAGAAAGGUGAAGUAACAAUUUCAAAUGAUGGUGCUACUAUAAUGAAACUUCUUGAUAUUGUUCAUCCUGCUGCAAAAACUUUAGUUGACAUUGCAAGAUCACAGGACGCAGAAGUUGGCGAUGGAACAACUAGUGUAGUGAUUCUAGCUGGUGAAUUGUUGAAAGAAGUUAAAGGUUAUAUUGAGGAAGGUGUCAGUCCUCAUGUUAUCAUUAAAGGUUAUAGAAAAGCUGCUCAAUUGGCUAUUAAUAAAGUUAAAGAAAUUGCAGUAAAAGUUGAAAGAACUAAUAAAGAUGAUUUCCGUGAUUUACUUUUGAAAUGUGCUGGAACCGCCAUGUCUUCAAAGUUGAUUCAUUCGCAUAAAGAUUUUUUUGCCAAUAUGGUUGUUGAUGCUGUAUUGAUAUUAGAUCAAGAAGAUUUGGAUGAAAAAUUAAUUGGUAAAAAAAGAGUUCCAGGUGGCGCAAUGCAGAAUCCCAAAAUUUUAUCCUUAAAUGUUGAAUUGGAAUUAAAAGCAGAAAAAGAUAAUGCCGAAGUUCGUAUUGACGACGUUAAUGUAUCUAUUGUUGAUGCAGAAUGGUCUAUAAUAUAUUCAAAACUUGACUCUAUUGUUAAUAGUGGUGCAAAGGUUGUUCUGUCUAAACUUCCUAUUGGUGAUUUGGCCACUCAAUAUUUUGCCGAUAGAGAUAUUUUUUGCGCAGGUCGUGUACCUACUGAAGAUCUUAAUCGUGUUGUUAGUGCUGUUGGUGGUACUAUUCAAUCAACUUGUUCUGAUAUUCAAGAACAACAUUUGGGUACAUGUGAAUCUUUUGAAGAGAAACAAAUCGGCAGUGAAAGAUAUAAUUUGUUUAAAGGUUGUCCUGCUGCAAAAACAUGUACGUUGAUUUUGAGAGGUGGUGCCGAACAAUUUAUUGCCGAGGUUGAAAGAAGUUUACAUGACGCUAUCAUGAUAGUAAAACGUGCCAUUAAAAAUAACUUGGUGGUUGCUGGCGGUGGUGCAACAGAGAUGGAAUUGUCAAAAUUCCUUCGUGAACAUUCUAGAACGAUAGAAGGUAAACAACAAUUGAUUAUAGGAGCAUUCGCUCGUGCAUUAGAGGUGAUUCCUCGUCAAUUAUGUGAUAAUGCUGGGUUCGAUGCAACAGACAUUUUAAAUAAUUUAAGAAUGAAACAUGCUCACGCUUUUGUUUGGGAACCGGCACUUGUAAAAACAAAUGCUAUCGCCGCCGCAACAGAAGCUGCUUGUUUGAUCUUAAGUGUUGACGAGACUGUAAAAAAUCCACAAUCUGAAAAACCUGAUGCAGGUCCUCAAAUGCCUAGAGGCGGUGCAUCAAGAGCUUUUAGAGGAGGUCGUGGUAGAGGUGUUCCACGUCGAUAA